UGUGAUUGGAGGUCGGGCGCGACCAUUUGAUUGGGCAGAAAAAAGGAUACAUUUCUCACAAGCUGAUAGACAGUGCAUGAGUCUGCAGCAGUAUGGAGUGGAGUGAGGAAGUUUUGCAGGAUUCUGGAUACGACAUUGAGCUGUUUGAGAAUGCCCCUGACCCUGAAUUCAUCUGUACUAUCUGCCACGGCGUGCUCAAAAACCCUGUGGAACUCGGCUGCCAGCAUGUCUUCUGCAAAAGCUGCAUUGCGAAGUGGCUUACAGAGAAGCAAGAAUGUCCUUACUGCAGGAAGAAGGUGCGAAGUGUGGCUCGAUCGGUGAUACCUAUGAUCCACAACAUGAUUAGUCGAUUGAUCAUGAAGUGUGAAAACAGAGUCUAUGGUUGCCAGGAGACAUUUCCACUUGAACAAUACUCAAACCAUAAAGCUGCUUGUGAAUUUAGGAUAGUGAGAUGCAAGUAUGAAGCCUGUACCACCGAAGUCUUUCAGAAGAAUCUUGCUGCUCAUGAACAAGUUUGUGAGCACUGGAGCCAGCCAUGCAGAAUGGGAUGUGGAGUCCAACUUACCCAGAAUCAACUGGAGGAGCACAACUGUUACAGGGACGUGAAGAGGAAAUACAAGGAAAAGAUAACUGUUCUCAAAAGCCGCUUAAGUAGGAUGCACCGUCGCCUGAAGCUAGUUGAAGGAAUUGUUCAGAAUUUGACCUCGGAUGAUCACUACCAGUUUUCAGAGCCUAUUGUCUAUGAAGAUGAAAGUGAAGGCAUGGCUGCUGAAGCCCAGGAAGAAGACAACAGCAACGUAUUGGAUGCUGAAUGCAGUGAAAAUGAAAGCCAGUAUUCCUGGAACUCAGGUGACUUAGAAAAUGGAGAUGGGCAACCAGCAGAUGGUGAACUAGAAGAUGUUGAGGAUGAAGAGGAGGUGGAUGAAACAAUACCUGAGCAGACAACUGAAGACACCCUUUCAGUCAGUUCCAGGUCCAGCACUGAACAAGAAGUCGAUCGUACUGGUUCCCAGAUCCAUUUAUAUUUUGAAACUGAUGAUAAUGGUAGCAUUGCUUCAGAAAAUGCUGGUUCCUUGUCUGAUCAAGAUGCUUCCAACAGAAAAAGGGUCAGGCCUUGUAUGCUGCAAUGUUCUUUCAGGUGCCGAAAGUCCGUUUGGAAGCGUAGCAACCUCAGUUUAAGGAUGUUUUCCAGAAGACAGCAUAGCCAGCCACAUUGAUAAUAUUGUGCUCCCUUUAGUUGGAUGAUCAAAGAUGAAAAG